UAAUAGCGUCCCCACCCUCCAAGUUCACCGGACUGAUCGUGCCAUGGCCAUUUUCCCAUGAACCUCUUGAGAUCGUCUUCGGCUGCUCCAAGGCCUAGGUCGGCAAUGCGGGUAUCCGCUGACCCGGAUGAUAUGGAAGACCUCUUGCGACAUGUGCGUCGUGGUGUGGAGGCUCGCACGCAGACACAGGUUGAACAGGAGAGUGCGAAGAGCAAUUCCAAGCCGCAUGUUCCUGCCCGAGGUCAAUCAAUUGCUCAGGAGGGUGAACCCUCGCUAGCUCCCCGCUCCGCUGUGCGGGGCCGCUAUGUCUUCAGCGGUCAGGUGCUGGGCCCUCCCGGAAGAGUCGAGGGUGAUGGUCUGCCGUCGCCACGUCCUUUGGACUUUGCAAGGCGACCUCGCCGCACAGAGGAGAACAGCCAUGGGUCGUCCUUCCACGCACGGCAGGCUGCCGAGGCCAUGGCCGUGGAGUGCAGUGAAGUGGACUCUAGCUGAGUUCGGCAGUGUGAUCCCAUUGGAAGUUUGUGGAACUUUGGGCCAGUCAGUGGCCAAAAGUCGAGGAGACAAGAUUUUCGGAGGUGGGUGUCGGUCAAAACCCUGGUGCCCCCCCUCUUUGCGAGAUAUGAUCGACCUAGAAAGAUUGUAUUUAGGAUUUUGAAGAAAAC